AACCUGGCUUUUGUUAUCACAUGCGUGUUGGACUAAAAUCACUUUUAAUAGUCCAAACAGAUUGAUUUACCACCACCCCGCCCUCCGACUCGUGAAUCAGUGAAUCUUUGGCUGACGCUCCGCGUUGUUUUAGUUUCUAUGAAAGACGAGCGGUCUGCCGGCCGAGCAACUCACUCUCAACUGAACAGGCAUAUAAAUAGACGGGUCGGCGGGGUCUGGUGAUCAGUGCAAGCAGGUCUGUCAACGCGCAGUGCGAAACCAUCGAUCGAUUACUUACAUCCAGCCCAGCCACAGCCACAUCAACAUGAAGUUCUUGCUCCUGAGCGUCUUCCUUUGCCUUGCCGUGUGCUUCAUGGUCACCAGUGCUGCUCCCCGCGAGGAGGCCAUUCCCGAAGGCUUCGAAGGUCCUGGCAGUGAGUCCGUCAACCCAUCGGACGACCAAUCCUUCCUGCUCAAGCUGAAGCUGCUCAAGAAGCUGCUGUUCCUGGGCUAGACACCACAACCUCCGAUUUAUGGAUUUAUAGUUUAACUAUGUGUUUAGGUU